AUGGCCGAAAUCAUCGGUCUCACAGCUUCCGUAGUCCAGCUCGUCCAAUUCAGCGGCGAUAUCCUAGUUGCAGGCUAUGGCUUCCUAUCAAAGGUCGCACGAGCGCCUGCUGAGAUGCGAGACCUGCUCUCCGAAAGUGCUGGAUUGAAUUGCGUUCUUGGCCACCUGCAGACGUUGGUAGAGUCGCCAGCUUCUCCAACUGACGCACUGCAUUCCCUUGAGAAGCUCGGGACUUUCAAAGAAUGUCACGCGUUGCUGGUAGGAAUCAAACGAUCCCUAGAUGCUUGCGAGCAGGUUCAUGGUAAAGACCUCCGAAAUUUUGGGCGCAAGCUAGUGUGGCCUUUCAAGGAGAGGGAAACGAGAGACGCUCUCCAGAGACUCGGCCGGAUUCGGGGGCUCAUAUCUUCUGCUAUUGAUAACGAUUCUGCAUUGGCACUUCGCCGCAUUGAAAAGGGACAGGCUGCGAUGCUCAAUGAAGUGACAGAUAUAUCUACGGGACUGAAAGUUCAGAUUUCUCGGGAUGACUUCACGAAAGUUACGGACUGGCUGUGUACUUUGACCGAAUGGAAUGCGUCAGAAAGUCUUCAGAGCGCUCUUCAGGUCCGACAUCAAGGAACCGGUACAUGGUUCCUGGAAUCUACGACUUUCAAAUCAUGGACUCGAAACGGAAAUGGGUUAUUUUGGAUAACUGGAGCUCCUGGGUCAGGUAAAACAGUCCUCUGCUCAACGAUCAUAGAGCAUCUUCGAGAUUCGUUCAGAUCACCAUCAACUGCCAUUCUAUACUUUUUCUGUGACCAUCGAGUUCAGCAAAAUCUGGCAUCAAGGUCAUUCUUGAUGUCUCUUGCCACGCAAAUGGUUUACCAGUCAGAAAAUUGCUUCCAAUACGCGCAAAAGUUAUACAGGGAGAAAACAAAGGACUCAGAGCGUGUACUGAAUACUUCCGAAUACGCCUCCCUCGUGAAGGUAUUUUUUAAGGAGUUUGAUCAAACCUUCGUUGCCGUUGAUGCACUGGACGAGGCCUCUGAUAAGGCGGCUAUUGCCCAUGCUUUGAAAGACAUGUUGGGAUUGUCCCCCAAACCGUCAAAUAACAAUAUAGGUGACCCCGCCGUUAAGAUCAUUUUGACAAGUCGGGAAGACAAAUCCAUCCAACGCAUUUUAGCGCCAUCGGGAACGGAGUAUUCACAGUUGACCUUGGAGAAGAAUUCACGCGCAGAUGUCGAAGGCUAUGUACGAUCUGAGGUCCAAGCCAGGAUUUUGUCCCGGGAGAUCAAGCUCCGAGACCCAGAGCUGGCGACUGUUAUCGAACGUACCAUAACUGACCGUGCCGGAACAUUUCUCCAGGCAAGGUUGCAACUGGAUAUGAUCUCAACAUUGAAGACAGACAAGGCGAUCAGGAUGACCUUGCAGACUCUCCCCGACGGAUUAACAGCAAUCUACGAAAGCGUUUUGGAAUCAACACUGGAGCAGUAUCCCACGCAGGUCCAAGAUAUCAAGCGCAUAUUACAAUGGCUCGUUUGCUGCGCUGAGCCGCUCACUGCUUCCGAGUUGGCCGAGAUCGUUGCGAUCGGGCCGGAAGACAAAUCCUUAGACCUUGACGGGGUUCCAAUAGAUCACGAAGACGUUACUGAGCCCAUCUCCCAACUAAUUGCCCUCGAGCACGAAGGUGGCGACGUCAUUGUCCAAUUCAGUCACUUCUCUAUACAAGAGUAUCUGUGCGGAAGAAAAAUAGCCGCCGGACCGCUCAAAGAUCUCCAUAUAGACGAGGAAGAAGCCCAUGCUCUGGCUGCUGAAAUAUGCGUCCAAUACCUAUCUUUUUCGGAUUUCAAUGAGCCUCUUUCUGCGGGCUUAGCCAGUCCUACGAAACAUUUGAAUCGAGAAUUGAAGACCUUUUCUUUACUGGAAUAUGCAACAUUGUACUGGCACUAUCACCUUCGCAUGAGCAAUAUGACCCGUGAGGCAUUUGCUGCUCGCAUGGUGCCACGACUGCAAUGGUUCCUAAACUCUGAAACCCAACCAAACAUAUUCACUCACUGGCAGGCAAUGAUCCUGAUGCUAAAGCCGGAUGAUAAAUCGAGCACCCACUCACCAUUAUGCUUCGCCAUCAGACACGGGCUACGGCCAAUCGUCGAUGCUAUGCUCCCGUUGCUGUCCAACGUCAACCUCGUCUUCCCCAAUGGCUUCACCUGCCUCGGUGCCGCCGCUAGCGGAAGCCAAGUCCAAAUCGCAAAAGCGCUCCUCAACCGAGGAGCAGACGUCGAUCUGCCUACGGGAGACAGAGGCCAAACGCCCCUCCACCUGGCCGCCGAGAACGGGGACGAGGAAAUGGUCCGGUUCCUGCUGAACGCAGGCGCAUCCAUCUAUGCACGAUCUGAUUCCAAGACCACCCCGUUCUACCGAGCGGCCCGGAGCGGCAACUUGAACGUUCUCCGCCUACUCUACGACAAGGGAAGCGACAUCAACGCGAAGAGCUGGGAUGGCUGGACGCCGCUGAUGGAGGCUGUAGAGAAUGGACACGCGGCGGCUGUGAAACUCUUGCUUGGCUGGGGCGCCGACCCGGGAAUCUGCACUCGUUAUGGCAACACGGCUCUGGGUCUUGCCGCGAGCUAUAGAUCCGCCCCGAUUCAGGCGCUCCUGGAAGCGGCCGUGAAGAUUCAUGGAGAGGCCGCAGCGAAUGAGUCGAGAGUAGAUGAGCCACCGGAUGUAGAUACAGGGGAUUGUGAUAGUGAGGACAGUGACCUGGAAACGGUGUUUAUCUCUUACUGA